UUUGCAGUGGUCAAUUUGAGGAGCUUCAGACGAAGAUAUGAAUUAAAUACUAUUUUUAUCUCUGUUGUUGCUUCGUGUUAAACCAGCGGAAUCGAAUUCGAAGCUUUUCAUUCAUUUUUGUUUGCAGUCGAGUGAAAGUGAUUCAACCGGAGCAGCGACGACCCCUUAAAAGGGCAACAGCAGGACGGCGGCGGUGGGGCCCGCAGUCAGCACUCGGCACACUGGAUGAGCUAGUGACCUGGUGACCUGCACUUUUGGACCAAACUUGGAGCAUUUGUUGCCCCCCCUGCUAUGGCGUCUGCUACAGAUGCUCUGCGCAGGCAGAGGCGGAGGGAGCUGGACGCCAGGAGGAGCAAAUCUCGGAUACGGCUCGGCUCGUGUCUGGAGAGCUGGGGGCAGCUGAAGGAGGCCCUGGGCUUCUCUCUCCACUCUGAGCUCGCACAGUAUCUGCUGGACAGCUACUUCUCCAAAGUGUGCAGCAGGUGUUCAGGUGAGGGAAAGGGAGUCACCCCAGUGGCGUUUUUCACCACAGCAGCUUCUAUCCAACAGCUGGUGCUGCUGGUCCACAGCCACAGUCAGCAGUGCCCAUUGCCGCCGAGCCUGCAGCCUGGAGGAGACCCCACAGCUUCCAUACAGACAGACCCUAAAGGCUCCAUACAGGCGGACUCUAAAGCCUCCUCAGAGGAAAGCCGUAAAGACUCCACACAGGCAGAUCCCAAAGCUGUCAUACAGACGGAUCUUAAUAUCACCAAACAGGCUGACCCUAAAGCCUCCAUGCAGGCUGACCCUAAAGCUUCCUUAGAGACAGGGCGUAAUGACUCUAUACAGGCAGGUGACGACAACUCCAUACAGGCAGACUGUAAUAUCUCUAUACAGGCUGAGCCUAAAGGCUCCCUUCAGGCAGGCCAUAACGACUCCAUAAAGGCUGUCUCUAAAGCCUCCAUACAGGCUGACCCAAAAGCCCCCUUACAGGCUGACUCCUCCAUACAGGCUGACCCUAAUGCCUUCGUACAGGCUGACCCUAGGGCCUCCAUACAGGCUGACCUAAAAGCCUCCAUACAGGCUGACCCUAAAGCCUCCAUACAGGCUGUCCCUAAUACCUCCAUACAGACUGACCCUAAUACCUCCAUACAGGCUGACCCUAAAGCCUCCAUACAGACUGACCCAAAAGCCUUCAUGCAGGCUGACUCCUCCAUGCAGGCUGACCCAAAAGCCUCCAUACAGGCUGACGCAAAAGCCUCCAUACAGGCGCAGAUGUGUUUGCAGUAUGUCUGCAGAGGGGGACAUGUGUUCACAUGGUAUCCAAUGCAGACAGAGUUGGAAGGGGAGGAUGCAGAGGGAGGUGAAGGGAGACAUGUGGGAGAACAAGGAGGUGCUGCUCCCUCAGGACAGAAGAGAAUCAGAAAGCGAGGGAGGAGAGGAGCGAAAGACAAUAAAAUUGGACAUAGGAAUCACGAGGCAGCAUCUAGUGUGAGGACGAGGAGCAGCAGUGGGGCAAAGUCUGUCUCUACUGAAAGCACUGUAGGAUCUAAAGAGAAGGAGGGGCCAGAGUGCAUCGUCCCAAACUGCUCUGGAGACGAUGAAGAUCCAGAACAGCCCGAUCAAGGUAUGGGUUCACCGGCAGGAAGUGACGCAGUGCUCGCUGUUCUGUCCCCAAAGUACUGCGCACCCCUUAGCAGCAACGAGAUGGACACUGACGACUGUGAAAAUGUUGAUAAUGAAAGCCUGGACAGAGAAAGUGCAGUACCAAAUACAUCCAAGAGGGGGAGACAAAGGAGAGCAAAUCCAUCUGAAAACAUCAAAGUGGUCAACUUGAGGUCAGAGAGGCGAAAAGGGAACAGGCAGCAGUCAGUAAAAGAUGAUGUGUCACAGAUAUGCAGCAAGAGAAAAAGAAAAGCAGCUCCAAAACUCAUCUUACCCUGCGAGUUCAGCGGCUGCUGGAAGAUCUUUUCCAGUCGUCAGUAUCUCAACCACCACAUGAAGUACCAGCACUUUCAGCAGAAGACCUUUACCUGCUCACAUCCCUCCUGCGGAAAAUCGUUCAACUUUAAGAAGCACCUCAAAGAGCACGAGAAGCUGCACAGCGAUCAGAAGGAUUACAUCUGUGAGUUCUGCGCUCGCGCAUUUCGAACCAGCAGCAACCUGAGCAUCCACCGCAGGAUCCACACAGGGGAGAAACCGCUGCAGUGCGAAGUGUGUGGCUUCACCUGCCGACAGAAGGCCUCUCUGAACUGGCACAUGCGGAAGCACGACGCUGAGAGCGGCUACCAGUUCCCAUGCGAGAUCUGCGGCCGGCGCUUUGAGAAAAGGGACAACGUUACAGCGCAUCGGAGCAAGAGUCACCCAGAACACCUCACCGCCGGCACGGACACAAACGCCCUAAAACCUGCAGGACAGGAGGGGGAAACCCUCAGCCUUUCUACAAACCUCUGA